UCCCAAAGCGACACCCUAGCGGUGGGAAUGAGAACACACUGCGCAGGAGCCUCCUUUCCGUUCGGCUUCCCCAACUGGACCCCAAAGCCCCUAAACCCCAGGGGAAGGAAAUUACCACUCGGUCCUCGCCCACCCCCGCCCGGUUUCUCUCCCCGGCUCGCUGCUCGUCUCACUCCCAUGCCGCCGAGCCCCGUCGCCACUUCUGAGUGGCCGACUGGCGGAGGCGGCUGCGGGCUCCCGGGCUCUGGUCAGGGAAAUGGGGCAGGCAGUGACGCGCCGCCUCGGAGCCAGAGCCCGCGCAGCACCCAGCAGGGCGAUGGACGGCGGAGUUCCGAGCGCGCAGGACGCCCUGGCGGCGCCUCAGCCGGCUGCCCCAGCAGGAGACCUCACAAGGUGACAACGUGUCUUCAGGAAAACACAGCAUCUGCACUGUCUUUGCUUACCCUGCCUUUGGAUUUCCACUUAGCCCAGCAGAGACACUGGCAGCACCACCCAAGGAGAAAACCAAAAGCCAAGGCACCACUUCCUCCAGCUGAGACCAAAUACCUUGAUGCUUCUUCAGUUGAUGAUUCUGUAGAAUCCUCUGCUUUUAUCAUGGAACAGAAGGAAAACAUGAUAGAUAAAGACAUUGAACUCUUAGUGGUUCUACCUGGGGAUAUUAUCAAAUCUACUACUGUUCAUGGCAGUAAACCUAUGAUGGACUUGUUGAUAUUCCUCUGUGCAAAGUAUCACUUAAAUCCAUCAAGUCACACAAUUGAUCUGCUGUCAGCUGAAAAGAACCCCAUUAAAUUUAAACCAAACACACCAAUAGGAAUGUUGGAGGUAGAAAAAGUCAUUUUAAAGCCAAAAAUUUUGGAUAAGAAGAAACCUACACCUAUAAUACCAGAGAAAACUGUGAGAGUAGUGAUCAACUUUAAGAAAACGCAGAAGACAAUAGUGAGAGUUAGUCCACAUGCGCCACUUCAAGAACUUGCCCCCAUUAUAUGCAGCAAAUGUGAGUUUGAUCCAUUGCAUACACUGUUAUUGAAGGACUAUCAGUCUCAGGAGCCUCUCGACUUGACGAAAUCUCUUAAUGACCUGGGACUAAGAGAAUUAUAUGCCAUGGAUGUCAGCAGAGCCACUUCUGUUACUGCCUUCAAUAAGUCAUCUUUACAAGAGUCCUGCCAAAUAUCACAAAACCUAGACAUUAUGAAGGAUAAAGAAAAUAAAGGGUUUUUCAGCUUUUUUCAACGCAGUAAAAAAAAGCGGGAGCAAACUGCAAGUGCUCCUGCAACUCCUCUAGUAAGUAAACAUCGUCCAACUUUUCCGAAGUAUAAUACCGUUUCCAAGCAGUAUAUUUCAAACACCCUGCCAUCGGAUGCACCCAAGAAGAGGCGUGCACCGCUGCCUCCAAUGCCGGGGUCUCAGAGUGCCCCCCAGGACCUUGCCCACAUCCAGGAGAGGCCAGCUUCCUGUGUGGUGAAAUCCACAAGCCUGGAUGAAACAGAUGAGAAUUCCUGCGGAGCAGGCAUAGUGAGGACAGGCUCUCUGCAGCUCAGUAGCAGAUCCACUGGGAAUUCAUCUUUGAAAAGGACAAAGCGAAAAGCACCUUCCCCACCCUCCAAAAUAGCCCUGCAACAAAGUGAUGAAAACAGUCACGUGACUGCCCUGCAGUCAGUACCUGCAGUUCCUCCAGACAGUGUUUUAGAAGCAAACUCUUCCGAGGGCCUGUCCAGCCCAGAAGUGUCCCUUGGCCCCGGGCUCCCUCGUCCUGAACAGGGCACUGUACCUGAGCUGCUGGCCGGAGCACCUCUCUCAGAGCGCCCUGCAACACCUGAGGCAGCCGCUGCAUCUCUGCCAUCUGGAAUAAGCUCUGAUUAUAGCCUUGAGGAGAUAGAUGAAAAAGAAGAACUGAGUGAAGUGCCUAGAGAUGAGGCUGAAAAUACUUCUCUGAAGUCACAAGAUAUUCCUAUUGGUUCUUCUGAUAUAAUAAAUACACUGAAAAAUGAUCCUGACUCAGCCCUUGGCAGUAGUACUGGAAAGUCCUCACAAAACUCCAAAGAAGAAAAACAAGAAAGUAGAAACACAGAUGGACAAGGACCACACAUUAUGGUAUACAAUGCAAGCAACGAAGAGAGCAUAGUUGAUGGUGUAAGAAACUUGAUGUCACUGGGCCCAAACCAAGAGAAAGACAAAAAUGAAAUAAUUGUCAUUCCAACAAACACAGAAAAUAAUAUGGAAAAUGGAGUGAGAACAGAAAUCAAUGUAGGAGGUAUUGCCAAAAAUAACAAUGUGGACAUGAAAGUUGACAGACUACCAAAUUAUCAGGCAUAUAAAACUGAUACUACUAGAAGUUACAAGGAAAAUCAUCUUGCUACUUCAUCAGCACCAGAUCAAAAACUGAGUGAACCUAGUACAGAAAAGACAAAAAUGCAAGAUGCAGCAAUUCAGACUAUCCCUUCCUGUGAUAGUUUUGAUGGGAAUCACCAAGAUCAUAAUUUGUCUGAUGUUAAAGUUGAUGAAAGUGUGCAGACUUCAGGUAACAACAAAUCAAUUCAACACUCAUCUUUAAGUCCACAGGAUCCUAUAGAUACCUCAGGAGAAUUCAGGAGUCAGGCCCCCCUGCGAACUGUAUAUUCAGAAGAGCUACUUCCCAGAAAAGAUCCAAUUUGUGCACAUGGUAAUGAUGAUCUUCUGUCUCCUGUAGAUGGGACUGAUAAAAAUUCAACAGCUUCUUACAUAAAGAAUUCUCCACUUUACAGACAAGACUACAGUCCCAAGCCAAAACCUUCAAAUGAAAUUACAAGAGAGUACAUACCCAAAAUUGGAAUGACUACUUACAAAAUAGUGCCCCCCAGAUCCCUGGAAAUAUCAAAAGAUUGGGAAUUAGAAACCACAGGGUAUAAAAAUGAUCAGGAGACAAAGAUUUUAGGAAAAAAGGACACUCAAGAGAAUGUGAAAGAAACUGCAAUCCAAACAGAAGAUCUUGUCAUUUCUGAAAGCCUGAAGGAGCCACGAGAAGACCUGAAACCAGAGCCUACCCUGAGAACAGAGCAUCAGGUGCAAAGGGAGGAGAGCUGUACCCGCAGCACAAUAGCGAAUCCUCUGAAACCUACUCCCAGAAUGACAAGAGACACUGGCACUGCUCCUUUUGCACCAAGUUUGGAAGAUAUAAACAAUGUUUUGGAGUCUAAACUGAAAUCUCGAGUUUCAAAUCCCCAGACCAAACCAAGUUCUUUUUUCUUGCAGAUGCAAAAAAGAGUUUCAGGUCACUAUGUGACAUCUGCAGCUGCCAAGAGUGUUCAAGCUGCCCCUAAUCCUACUCCGAAGGAAUUAAUAAAGAAAGAGGUAGAAAGUGAUACAGUACCUCCUCCAGAGCCAACUCUUUCUCCCUUAAGUAAAUCUCCUCCACAGCCCCACAUUAAAAAUACUGAUGAUGACAGCACUAAGAAGCCCACAGAAACCUCUCCCCCUCCCUUAGCCUCUCCCCCUCCCUUAGCCUCUCCCCCUCCCUUAGCCUCUCCCCCACCAGUAGCCCCUAAACCUGUUACUCUUCCCACAAGUCAGUCAGCAGCACUAAAUCUGAAGACUCUGAAAACUUUUGGUGCCCCUCGACCAUACUCCAGCUCUGCUCCUUCACCAUUUGCCCUCGCUGUGGUAAAACGGUCACAGUCUUUCAGCAAAGGCCGUACGGGCUUAUGCAAUGAGGAGGUCGACAGUGCAUCCUCCCCAACUCCGACUGACACACAGGAAGGGAAGAUUCCUUCUGUAAAUACAUUUGUGGACAUCCCACAACUAAGUGUGAGUCGUAAGGAGAAUAACUCUGUACAUAAUGAACAGAAUCUCCAAAUACCAUCUCCUACCGACUGCCCAUCAUUCACCCUUAAGAGACAAAGUUCUUCCACAUUCCAAAGCUCUGACCCAGAACAGAUCCGACAGAGUUUGCUGACUGCAAUCCGUUCUGGAGAGGCUGCUGCCAAAUUGAAAAGGGUUACGAUUCCGUCAAAUACAGUAUCUGUGAAUGGAAGGUCAAGACUCAGCCAUUCCAUGUCCCUUGAUGCUCAGGAUGGCCACUGAAUGUUGCCCUGCCAUACUGCACUUCACAGAACAACUUCCUACUAAUGGACAAUGUUGGCAAAUGUAUAUUCAGAUGUAUACUAAUAUAUUAUCUAUUAAAGCAUAAGAAUUUGUGUGUGGCUUUUAAUGCCAGAAGAAUUAUCAGAGUUUAUAAUUUAUAAUAAUAUUUUUGGCCUAUUUUGCCUUGAGCUGAAUAUGCUGCUUCAGAACUUAAAAACAAGGUGUUAGUGACUUUCAUUAUUUUCAAAUGAGAAAUAGUCACCUUUUGUUAAUUUCACUUAUCGACACAUUCUCUAUAAUGGUGACUUAAGACAAAAGGCUAAGAUUCAUAGACUUAUAUUUGUGUGACACGUAAAUAGCUAGGCAAACAGAUCUGACAUUUGCUGCCUCAGUGUUACAGUUUAAUUGGAAAUAUUUAAGUUAUAUUAAAGCCUGUUUGUUCUGAAAUUAGUUAUGAUACAAAUAAAUAUAUUCAAUUUUACAGUUAAUUUCAAUGAUGAAUCACUUAGUGUUCAAGUCUUAUCUUGUGUAUUCUUUAUGAAAGCUCAUAGUAUUUUAAUAUUUUAUUAACAUGGACACUUAGUUUUUUAAUCUUUAGAACUUAAAUUGCACAAGGAGAAUUUAAAUAUUUUUGUAUAUAAUUAUGACAUUAUUGUCACACAGAUAUUACACAUUUUAUGUGCCAGAAGCCUUAAAAAAUCUUUCUGUGAAAAUGUUGAUAUAUUGUGACAAUUAUUUCAAAUUCAGUCUGUAGACAAGAGUAGGGGUUAGUUUAUGUCCAUAUUGGAAAACUUUAAAGACUACUUGGAGGUUUCACAAAUCCUGGUUUUAAUUAAAGUGAUAAAGUCAUUACGUAGCUCAGAUGCUAAUAUUCUCAAUAAUAAUUUAUAUUUACAUUAAAAUUGUUAAGCAAAACAAUGCCAAUUUGUUGGCUGAUAACUAUUCUGGGGUCUAGAGCUUGUUGAUAUUCAUUUCUACUUUAAGAAUUUAAUUGCUCACUUACUCUAAAAGCUUUGUCAAACAAGCUGAUGUUAAGUUGGUUUUUACUAAAGCUACUGAAAUUAUCUGCCACUUUGGAAAAUGUGUUGAUUUUUUUCUCCCCCAGUUUAAUAAAAGCAAGUUAUGUAUUUGG